AAAAUGGCAUAAGCGAAUACCAAGGACCUCUAUAAAUACCAGCGCCACAAGCACAUAGCUCAUCUCUCUCCCCCAAACACUCUCUCCUCUCUCCCUAUCUCUCUCGCUUCAACUACAUUUCACUAGGGUUUAUACACACACAACACACACUAAUUACACUCACAUCCACACACACCGCUUCAAUAGCUAUGGAUGCAUACACUAUGCACCUAGCUAUGGCAGCACUAGUGGGAGCCUCGUUCGUUGCCGUAUCGGCGUACUAUAUGCACCGCAAAACCCUAACUCAGUUGCUCGAGUUCGCGAAAACGAUUGAUAGAGACCGGGAGGAGUUCGAGGAUGACUCGGUUCAGCAUUUGAAGAAGUAUGAGGCCGGUAAGAGACGCAAUCAGUUUAGGAAGAGAGGGAGUAAUGGCCAUUAUCGACGCGCCUCGGCUUCGUUUCCAGAUGUUAGGGAGAUUUCGAAUGGCGGUGAGGGGAAUGGCGAGGUUUAUGUUGAUGGAAUACCGCCUGGUUUGCCCAAGUUGCAUACACUCAGUGAAGGAAAACCUUCUGGGCAUAUGAAUUUAAGCACAAGAGGUGGGCACUUAAUUAGACCAACUUCUCCCAAGUCACCUAGUGCCAGUGCCUUUGAAAGUAUAGAAGGGUCAGAUGAUGAAGAUAAUAUGACAGACAAUUCUAAAGUAGAUUCAACAUAUCUUUAUACUAAUGGAGAUGCUAACCUAGACACAAGUCUAUAUCAGAAUUUGCCUGAGAACGGUAAUGCAAAUGGAGAGCCAAAUAUAGCUGCAUCAAGUAUGAUUCGCUCUCAUAGUGUAUCUGGCGAUCUUCAUGGCGUGCAACCUGACCCUGUAGCAGCAGAUAUACUGAGAAAAGAGCCAGAGCAUGAGACUUUUGUUCGACUUAAAAUUUCUCCAAGUGAGACGCCAUCAGCAGAUGAGGCAGAAGUCUAUCGGACUAUUCAACAUUGUCUUGGACUGCGAGAACGUUAUAUGUUUAGGGAAUCAGUUGCUCCUUGGGAAAAAGAAAUCAUAACUGAUCCUAGUACACCAAAACGUAAUCCAAAUCCAUUUGAUUAUACUCCUGAGAUGAAAACUGAUCACUAUUUUCAAAUGGAAGAUGGAGUUGUUCAUGUUUAUGCAAAUAAAGAUUCAACAGAGAAGCUCUUUCCGGUUGCUGAUGCAACAACCUUCUUCACUGACCUGCAUUAUAUCCUAAAAGUUAUAGCAGCUGGAAAUAUCAGAACAUUAUGUCACCAUCGUUUAGUACUUCUGGAACAGAAAUUUAAUCUUCAUCUGAUGUUAAAUGCUGAUAAAGAAUUCCUAGCUCAGAAAAGUGCACCACAUCGUGACUUUUACAAUGUCAGAAAAGUUGACACUCAUGUUCAUCACUCAGCAUGCAUGAACCAGAAGCAUCUUUUGAGGUUUAUUAAAUCAAAAUUAAGGAAGGAGCCGGGUGAGGUAGUAAUAUUUCGAGAUGGAACAUAUCUCACCUUGAAGGAGGUUUUCGAGAGCUUAGAUUUGACUGGGUAUGACUUGAAUGUCGACCUUCUAGAUGUUCAUGCUGACAAAAGCACUUUCCAUCGUUUUGACAAAUUUAACCUGAAGUACAAUCCUUGUGGUCAAAGUAGGCUCAGGGAGAUCUUUUUAAAGCAAGACAAUCUUAUUCAGGGUCGUUUCCUUGCUGAGGUGACACAGCAAGUGUUCUCAGAUCUUGAUGCAAGCAAAUACCAAAUGGCUGAAUACAGGAUUUCGAUAUAUGGGAGAAAGCAAAGUGAGUGGGAUCAACUUGCGAGUUGGAUAGUAAAUAACGAGUUAUACAGCACCAAUGUUGUUUGGUUGAUUCAGCUUCCCCGCCUGUACAAUAUAUACAAGGAUAUGGGGAUUGUAACAUCAUUUCAAAACAUUCUUGACAAUAUAUUUCUUCCUCUUUUUGAGGUCACUGUAGAUCCCGGAUCGCAUCCCCAGUUACAUGUAUUUUUAAAGCAGGUUGUUGGUUUGGAUUUGGUGGAUGAUGAGAGCAAGCCUGAAAGACGUCCUACAAAACACAUGCAGACACCGGAUCAGUGGACAAAUAUAUUUAACCCUGCAUUUUCAUACUAUGUGUAUUACUGCUAUGCCAACCUCUAUACAUUGAACAAGCUCCGGGAGUCAAAGGGAAUGACAACCAUCAAAUUCCGCCCUCAUUCUGGGGAGGCUGGUGACGUUGACCACCUUGCUGCAACGUUUCUUACAUGUCAUAAUAUUGCCCAUGGAAUCAAUUUAAGAAAAUCUCCUGUUCUUCAAUAUUUAUAUUACCUAUCCCAGAUUGGUUUGGCUAUGUCUCCUCUGAGCAACAACUCCUUAUUCCUGGACUAUCAUCGAAACCCUUUUCCAAUGUUUUUCCUGAGGGGCCUUAAUGUUUCCCUUUCCACCGAUGAUCCAUUACAAAUUCAUCUGACAAAAGAACCACUUGUUGAAGAAUACAGUAUAGCUGCUUCAGUGUGGAAGUUAAGCUCAUGUGAUUUAUGUGAGAUUGCACGUAAUUCAGUCUACCAAUCAGGUUUUUCACAUGUUUUAAAGUCCCACUGGAUUGGAAAGGAGUACUACAAGAGAGGACCAGAUGGUAAUGAUAUUCACAGGACGAAUGUGCCUCAUAUCAGGCUGGAAUUCCGUGACACGAUAUGGAGAGAGGAGAUGCAACAGGUCUACCUUGGCAAAGCCAGUUUCCCAAAAUACAUUGAAACCUAGCCAACUUGGUGGAUGUAUUUUUCCGUACCUAAUUAUAUAUAUUUCUCAAGCAAUUAGAGAGGACCAAAGUCGCAGAAGUCCCUUAUGCUAAUGUACCAUGACGUCAUGAGAGCAUGCAAGAUGAGAAUUGCUCCAAAGUCCAAAUGAAGACCCCCUUAAUGGGCCACCAGAUGCCUGUCUAAGUUCAAGUGCAAGAUUGAUACGGUUUUCCCACAAGAUCCCAACACGGGAUAACAGCCUGUAGCAUUCGAAUACCGUGCCAUUUCUUAUACGAUACGAGAAUAAAUAAACAACAGUAAUACAUGUGCACUAUAGUUUAUGGAUGAAUGAAAUUCGCACACUUACUAAUUUUAAUAUUUUGAACAGUUUUGUACUUCCUGAAGGCGAGGCAAUAAUAUUUACUGCCUAGAAUAUGCUUUAUGCUC